UAUGGUGUUUUUAUGCCCUAUGAUGAUGAAUGCUUUACACAUUUAAUUUGAUGUUUCUUUUGUCAUUAGGUCGAUCAAACAAAGACAAAAUGGUCCCCGGUUUUCUUGCUUGCCUCAAAAUGAAUGCCAUCGUAUGCAAUGAGAGAAGCCAGAAAUGAAGGUGGGCGUGGCGGGCGUGGUGGUCGUGGGUACGGUCGUGGUGGGCGUGGAAGUGGUGGAUACAAUAGAGAUUCCGCCAACAAUGAGGGUUCGUUUGGUAACCGUGGUAUCGAAGAGUCUGAUGGAAAGUCUUCUGAGAGACGUGGUGGUGGUUAUGGUGGUCCUCAUGGUGGUUUUCGUGGUGACCGUCGUGUGUCUUUUGCUAAUGGUGAUGGUGGUGAGGAUGGAGAACGUCGACGUAGGACAUAUGAAUGUCAUAGCGGCACAGGGCGUGGGGAGCGGGCCGUUGGAACUGGGGAACUCAGGCUGAUGAAAUCAACCAGUUUUAUUACCUAA